AAGAUUUAAGGAAAAAAAAACACAAAAUUGAAAAAUGGCGGCCAAGUCAAAGAAGCGGCUGUCUAAAAUUGAAAAUAAGUUAUUAAAAUUAGAAAAAUUAGAAUUAAAGGAUGUAUUCUGUUCAAUUUGUCAAUCUAUAUUAAUAGAACCUAUAACCUUACCGUGUUUUCAUGAUUUUUGUCAACGGUGUUUUAAUGGCAGCAUAGAAAAUAAUGCUUUGUGUUGUCCUCUAUGUCGAUUGCGAAUUGGAUCCUGGCUAAGAACAGCAACAAAACAAAAGAAUUUGGUGAAUGUUGAACUUUGGAAUUUUAUUCAGACGAAAUUUCCGCAAGAAAUUGAAAUUAAAAUUAAAGGAGAGGACAUCGAUUUGCCAGAAGAACCACCCAUACUAAGGUUAAGUGAACCUGGUGAAAUUAGGUCAGAAUAUGAGGCUGAAUUGAGACGCUUGCGAGCUGAACGCAUCAGGCUUGAACAGAAGCACAUACAGGAGACUGAGUUAUUGAUCAAAAAAAUUCAACAAGAAGAAGAAGAAGCUCAUAAGCGUUAUUUAGAAAGUGUUAAACAAGAUGAAAUUUUUGCACAACAAAUGCAUCAGGAUCAUGUAAAGGAUACUGUUCCACCACCAAACACCCCUAGGAAACUAAAUGCUAAAGCAACAGCCGCGAAGCCUAGACUUAGGGCUACCAAAAUUGAUAGUUAUUUGUCUAAAAUUCAAGCAACUGCCAUCAAAGAUAGUCCUUUGACAACUGAUGAUAACACAAGUACUGAUGGAUCAACUCCUAAAGCAACUGUUGUCAAACCUAUUAAUGGGACAUCUCCAGAAAUGGUCCCAAGUUAUGGGAAAAUAAUUAAAAACUUUAUAGAUAAAAAACAUAAAAUUGGCCCUGGUUUGUGGAAUAAAGAAAAUGGAGAAAGUAUUAAAGAAAAAAAAGAAGAACCUAAGCUGAGUGAGAAGGAAGUAGCUAGCACUGAGGAUAAAGUAAAAACAAAAGGCUCUGUCCCCUCUCUAUUAGUGUCCCUCCCACUGCCAUACACAGGAAUACUCCAGCACAAAAUAAACAUAGCUGAAAAUAGGAAUGUUGAAACCAGUAGUGUAGACUCUAUGCGGCAGGAGUUAUGCUUCUUUAAACCUAUUGAGUCAACAACCCCAACCAGUUUCACUACUACCAAGACGUUCCCGCUCCGCGUACCAGGGCUUCGCGCUGGCAAGGAGUCGGAGUCACCACGCCAGGAACCUGCCCCGAGCCGCGCACAGUAUUUAGAAGGACUCUGUCGUCUUAGGAAUAUGUCAUUAGCUAAAAACUUACCAUCGGCCUUCGUUAUUGCUCUCAAUAUUCUAAAAGUAAAAAAGGAGCACCCAGGGAAAUGUGAUACAAACAGGUCUAAGGUUAAGAAAACAGCCUCUACUAGCCCUUGUGUUGCCCCUUUACCUAUCAGAAAAAAUGCCAAUAGGAAUAAACAAAUUACUCAUAUUGAAGGUAUUAAUAAAUUAAAUAACGAAACAAAUCUUAGACGCACAAGAUCUAUGGGAAGCAUAUCGAAAGACGAAAAUGAAACUACACCGAAAAAAGGGAAAUUAAGUCAGAGAAAAGUUUCGUCGGAGAGAAAGCCAUACUUAAGAAGUGAUUCCAAAAAGUCAAGUACCAAAAAGGAAUUAAAUAUUAAUAGUCCACCCAUAAUUUCUGAAACAUUAAAUAACAAUAAGGUCAAUUUAGCUGUAAAAAAUUUGUCUAGUCCAUUAAAGAAUUGUGAUGUUAAGAAAAUACUGCAGGAGCAACUUAGGAUUGAAAAGUUAAUUGAACAGGAAAAGAAUGAUUUUGAACUGGCUUGUAAAAUGGAAGCAGAGUGGAACGGACGGCGGCACCCGCGCCGGUCGACCAUCAAGCGACAAGUGACCCUCAACUAUGCUCUCAGGCCCGCCAAGAAACUCAAGGUGUAAGUAACUCGUUAGGAUUUAGGGAAACAUUCUGUUUAGAAAAUUUCUGUGGUUGUUAAUUUAAUUCUGUUUGUUGUUUUAUUUGCAUCAGCUGUCUGAAAGAUUGAUUAGCUGAAAUCAUUAUCUAAUAUGUUUAAGUGUAAUCUAUCUCUCAGAAAUCGAUAUAAGGCGUAAAUUUCAAUGACGUACGUAACUGUUUCUAAAAUAUUACAAAAAUAUUGUCUGUGUUUCUCAAUGAUUUUAUUAUUCGGACUUGUCGUAACUGUGCAGCUUUUUUCUCACCGAUUAUUUUAUGUGUAAGUAAAUUGUAUGUAAAUUUGUAAGUAGAUAGAUGUUUAACUACCUACUAAUUGAAGUCGUAUAAAAGGAGGAGUAUGAUUUCAAUAGCAUUGUAAAAACUUAUCGCCAUCUAGCUAGUGGUUUAGAAUUGGUAUUCAAUGCCAGGAGAUUAGGCAUGACUUAAAGGUACAUUGGCCAAUCAAACGCUGUGUUAUGACAAGGGCUGCCGUACGUUAGUAUGCAGCUCAUACUAGAAGUGAAAACCCAAAUAUCUAAUGUGGGUUCGUGAUCUUAUUCGAAAUUGAACUUACUGUGCAAAUAUAUGCUUGCUUAUGCACAAUAAAUGAAGUAGAAAUGUAUAAUUUGAGCUAACUCGCUGCGCAUUGUGCCCACGUUUGGAUUGAUUACCUGACGAUCUGCAUUUUGGUAGACGUAUAACGUAAAAAAUAUCAUAUGUAAUGGAGAGUCAGAUUGUAAAUAAUAUGUCUAAUCUCCCAAUUAUUGUUGCAAAAACCUUGUAUGCGUGUAUGAUUAUAUUAAAAAAAAACAAUAUUAAAAUUGUAUUAACGAGAUAAAUCAAUCAGUAUCCUAUUCGUAACAAUAACUGCCUUUGGUUUUAUGCUAUGAGAUAUUCAGAAGCCUAUGCGGGUACCGUUACUAAUAUAUAAAAUAACAUGAAAACUUUAUACGUAUGAUAACAAUAAAUAAGCCAUUAUAUUUACUAUUUCAUUUUACAUACAAAUUAUAUAAUUUGUACGUUUAAAUGAUGUAAUAAAAGUGUCUCUGCAACUCGAAUAAUUUAAGAAGUCUUGUAACCUACUAAAUACAAGAUCACAUUCAUUUUCCAUUUGUUUAGAAUGAAGCAUAUUUUUAUACCAGAUUUAAAAACGUAAAUAGUUAAAUUGUUAUUUGGUCAGUGUCCUGCUCUUGUGAAUUCAUAUCUACAAAUGAAGCAGUAUUAUAAAAGAUAUUGCAUUCUUGUAGAUGUGUUUGCACAUUUAUGAAUUGGCAUUUGUUGGUUUAUUAGAAUUGACCAGGAUAGUCAUAUCACAUGAUCACACAAAAAUUUUAAAGUGAGCAGCCGCCGUACCUAUUAUAGUACCUGAACUGAACAUUGGACAAUGCUAAAAGAAUACUAACAAUUAUAAUUAUGAAGGAUUCGAAUUCCAUGAUAUAUUAGGGGUGUUUCAUCAUCGAAACAGUUGAUUAAUUUUAGCUGUCUUAAAUUCCAUUCCAAUAUAAACGGACAGAAUCAGUAAAAUAGAAUCAAUUGAAGGUUUUUGGUCAUAAACUUCAUUUUGUUGUCAUGUGUUACAUGUGUCGCAACUUUUACAAUAAUACUAGCGGGGAAACAAUACUUAACGUACUGCGAGAAAUACAGUCUCUUUUGUCCAAUGUAUGGAAUACUGUACUACAAUCGUGGUUAACCGACUGAUCGGCUAUGCGGCUAUUAUGGUUCCAUUUAAAGACAAAAAUAUGUAAUAAGCUUUGUUUCUGUCCAUGUAUGCCUCAAACACGAGUCAAACUCGCUUUGUUAAUGUUGUUUUGUGUAAUUCCAAUAGGUAUACUUUAUUUUUGUAAUGAAAAUCUUUCUCGGUAUCGCUAUAAAUAUAUAAAUGUUUCGUAUUUACAGUGUACCUUAUUUUUCAGUCAAUACCUGAGUUAACUUUCAAAAUUAUUGUUAUGAAUUUACAUUGUCAAAAAGUCGGUUACAGCGAUGUUAUUAUAUAGGUGCAUUACUACUAGCUACUACAGUUUACAAACAAUGCGUAGGGUUCAUAUUUGAUAUUAUUCUCAUGGAUCGUUCGUAAACGACUUUCCAUGGAUCUCAUGACUUGUGAUUAACUUGUGAUGUAAGAAUUUUAAGUUAAAAAAUGUAUAGGUGUAUUGUAUUUAUAAUGUGGUGCUCUUGAAUCCAAUUAUCAUUAAAGCUUCCAUAAUUUGCAACAAUAAAUUUUCUUUGGUAGGAAAACUGAAA